AUGCAGGCCCGGGGUCUUUGUAACAGACUGCAGAGGCUGCCUCUCUCCCUCAGCUCAUUCAGCAUCACACCCUGCCCUUGUGCUGGACAUCAAAUGACCAGCUCACCCCCCGAGGAGCUCUCAAGUUUCUUCAUUUUCAGCAGCCGCCUGGCUCUCCCCUGGUCAGCAGCCGGCCACGCAGGGAAAGAGGGGGGGGACAUCUGCCUGUCUGAGGAUAAGGGACAAGGCUGGCUCACUAUCCGUCUGUCAGCCCCCCUCAGACUGGACCCCGGCGUGCACGUCACCACUCCGCUCCCCUCCUUGUUAUUCUGGAGAGGAGGCGGGGAUCUGAUAUGUGGCAUUGUUUGUGCCACGCUGGUCAGAAAGACAGAGGAGGCUCAUGCAAAAAAAUAA